AUGGAACAAUCCGAGGUCACAAACCUUGCUAACUUCACCGAACCUAUACCAGCCGAAGUAAGUCCAGUGGAAAUUAAUGCUCCAACCGAAAAAGAGAAGAAAGUCGAGCAAUUGAUGCGAAUGGGUGCAGUGCAAAUUCCAGGGUUCCCUUACAUUGUUCAGUUGAGAAAAAACGGAAACAAGGUUGAUGCAACAAGUGAUGAGGGGAGACCGUCGGAGUUAGCACACCAGGAGCAUGUCCCAGAGUUUAUGACAGACCCUACCUCUGAACCUUCUGCUCCUGCACCUCGAGCAUAUUGGAUUGUUCCCAAAGACCCUGUUCCGAAUAUUGGUCUUCAAUUUCACAACUCAAAAGAAUGUGAACAACUCCUACCAGCUGUCAGCAUUGAUGAACAAGGAACCAGUGGAAGCAGCCAAUUUAUUCGUGGCGGGUCGGUAAUGUUGAGAGACCCGGAAAAAGAGGCGAGAAAAAAGAAGUCUCUAAGUUUCUGCGAGAACAUGACCGAAGAGCAAAAGAAAGAAUAUAAGGACACUAUGAAAUUUGCUAGGAACUGGCUAUUAAAUCACAUGCAAGCUGAAGAAGAAAACAAGCGAAAAUCAACAACUGAAGCAUUGACGUCAUUUUUGGAAAAUAGCCAAAGUGCUCUAGAACUGAAUCUUCCAACAGUGGACAACUCGAGCAAGAUAACGGAACAGUCUGCGGUCGCAAACCUUGCUGAGCCAGUACCAGCCAAAGUGGAUCCAGUGGAAACUAGUGCUUCAACCAAAGAAGAGACUUUGACUAACGUUGAAACGCUACUGGAAAUGGCUGAUCGAUUGCAGCUAGCUGCUGUCAAGCCAUACUUGGAACAAUUCAUUAUUGGAAGUGAUAUGGAUCGAUUCGAGAAAAUUCGAAUUGCCGAGAAGCAUCAAUUGGAGAACCUGUUGAAUAAUGGAAUCAUGGAGUUUAAUGGAGACGAUGUUCUUUCUAAGAUGGAAUUGAAUACAAGCUAUACAACUAUUUCUGAUAAAGUCAAAUUCCAAAUCCUUUGCCGAAUUUUGAGGAUGAAGGAAUGA